UAUGUAUUUUACAAAUGGAAGUUGAGAGAGAACCUAACUAUAAAUCAUGGAUAUGAAUAAUAACAUAACUAUAAUCAUGUGCAGUAGCUUGUGUUCAUCAUUCACAAAUGUUUUUUUUAUUACCUACAUUGGGAUGGAUAUGUGAAACCAAACGGAAUACUCGAUAUGUUCUAUAAACCGAUGUUUUUAUAUAUAUAAUAAAUGAAAAGCUUUGAACAUGAAAAGCCGCAUUUGUGGUUUAGAUUUCUGUGUCUGUGCACGAGUUGUGUCCGCACUCGCGCCUGUUGGUGAAAAAGCGCACAACUUCUCUCUGUCCGGGAUAUUUAUUAGAAGGGAGCGGAUAUCUAACUGGCGCUGCGCGGGGACAUAACAGGGGGGAACGAGUGGAACUCAGUGUUUCGGUGUGGUUGGAAGGCUCUGGUCUGAGUAAUGACGGGUCUCGGGAUUCGGAGUACGUUCGGUCGGUUUGCGCGGCUUCCUGUACUCGCAACAUGCACGGUGCUUCUCUGCUUUCUGAUUCCAGAAUCUCUCUCCCACCCGCAGCCCUGUCAGAUUCUCAAACGGAUUGGACACACGGUGCGCGUCGGGGCUCUGCACCUACAGCCACGGCUCUUCAGUCACGAUCCCACCUCCAGGGGCAAGAAAGAACCCCUUGUCCCCGUGGAUGAAUGGGACACGGACGGAGGCUCGAGGGAGGCAGCGGAGAGACAGUUGGAAAAGAUGACCAAAAGUGUUAAUGACCACGGUUUACGCAGCCUAAGGACUAAAGGCGCGGGGAACAACCAACAAAAGGACAGGGGGUCAAAAAGUAAAAAUAUGUACAAACAGGUGGAGAGCGGGAGUCGUGUGUUUAUGCCAAGAGAUUCUAUCAUAUUAGCCAUGGAGACGUUAAACCGCAUGGUCGGUUUGUUACCGUAUAAUCUCUCACUGGAGUUGGUGAUGGCUGUGGAAGCGGGGCUCGGGGAAUUACCCGCUUUCUCCUUCUCAUCUUCCCCUACCCCUGUGUGUGAAGACCCCAUGUCGUUUCUGCAGAGUGUUUGUCAUACUGUUAUUGUCCAAGGAGUUUCUGCUAUGAUGGCUUUCCCUCAGACCAGGGACGAGCUGGUGAAGAUGGAAUUCAUCGCGUCAGCGCUUCAGGUUCCUGUCAUCAGUGUUGUCCAGAACGAAUUCAAACGGCAGAGUAAGAACCCUCUCCAUUUCCAGAUGCCGAUGCAGAACCCGGCCCUGCCCCAGGUGGAGCUACUCUACUCCCUGCUGGUGAUCAACAGCUGGUAUGACGUCAGCCUCCUGCUCUGUCAGGAAUGGAAUGUUUCCAGUUUCCUGGUUCGUCUCCGUAACAACACCAAGUUCCACCUGGGUUCUGUGGUCAACAUCACCAACUCCAGCACCUCGCCCAACUCUCACCCUAACAGCUCCGUCUCCAAGGCCAACUUCCAGACCUCUCUACGGGGAUACCUGGAGUCCAUCAAGGAGUCAACGUCUACAGUCGUAACAUUCGGCUGCGACAUCCGGGACAUCAAGAGGAUCUUUAACGUGGUGACCAAGCUGGGCCUGAUGCUGCCAGAGUACCACUGGGUGUUGGGGGACACGCAGGACGUGGAGGAGCUGAGGACCGAGGGGCUGCCGGCGGGACUGCUGGCCCAUGGCAGGAUGGGGACUCCCUCCCUGGAUCACUACGUACAGGAUGGGCUGGAGCUGGUGGCCCGGGUGGUGGGGUUAGCUGCGUACCGCUCCCCUGAGCUCGCCCUCAUCCCCUCCAUCACCAACUGCAUGGAUACACAGAACAGCCAGACCAGGAACAUGACCUCAGGGAAAUAUCUGUCCAGGUUUCUGUCCAACACGUCGUUUGACGGUCUGAGUGGUUUCAUCUCGUCCCAGGAGGAGACAGUGAUCUCCUCUGAGAGCCAUCACUUCAUCUGGUCCCUGCAACACGACCCCAUAGGGAAGCCCAUGUGGGCCAGGCUGGGCCGAUGGAAGCAUGGCAAGGUGCUACUGGACUACACUGCCUGGACCAACAAACAGCCGUCCCACCAGAGAGGUGACUGGCGGCGCCCGUCGCGGCUCCACCUCCGGGUGGUGACGUUAGUGGAGCACCCCUUCGUCUUCACCCGGGAGGUGGAUGAGGACGGUCUCUGUCCCGCUGGUCAGCUCUGCCUGAACCCCCUCACCAACAACACAGUCCUGCUCCAGUCUCUCUUCCUCCAGAUGCGGGGGCCCAACGACAGCAUUCCCAUGGAGUAUAAGAAGUGUUGCUACGGCUACUGCGUCGAUCUACUGGAGAAACUGGCGGAGGACGUGGGGUUUGACUUCGACCUGUAUAUUGUAGGCGAUGGCAAGUAUGGUGGGUUUAAGAACGGACGCUGGACAGGGCUGGUGGGGGAUCUUCUCAGCGGAGCGGCCCACCUGGCCGUCACAUCUUUCAGUAUCAACUCGGCCCGGAGCAGGGUUAUAGACUUCACCUCCCCGUUCUUCUCCACCUCUCUGGGCAUCCUGGUACGGACCCGGGAUACGGCCGCGCCCAUCGGGGCAUUCAUGUGGCCCCUGCACUGGUCCAUGUGGCUGGGGAUAUUCGUCUCGCUACACGUUACUGCCUUGUUCCUGACCAUCUACGAGUGGAACAGCCCGUUUGGGAUGACGCCGCGAGGCAGGAACAGAGAUAAGGUGUUCUCCUUCUCCUCGGCUCUGAACGUCUGCUAUGCCAUCCUGUUUGGCCGUACAGCUGCCAUUAAACCUCCUAAGUGCUGGACGGGGCGGUUCCUAAUGAAUCUCUGGGCUAUCUUCUGCCUGUUCUGUCUGUCCACCUACACAGCCAAUCUGGCCGCCGUCAUGGUGGGGGAGAAAACCUUCGAGCAACUCUCAGGAAUACACGAUCCAAAGCUUCAUCACCCAUCACAGGGGUUCCGCUUCGCCACGGUCCGGGAGAGCAGUGCCGAGGAUUACCUGAAGAAAAGCUUUCCAGAGAUGCACGAAUACAUGAGACGGUACAACGUACCAGCAACCCCAGAUGGAAUAGAACAUCUGAAGCAUGAUCCACAGCAACUUGAUGCUUUCAUCAUGGACAAGGCCUUACUAGACUACGAGGUGUCUAUAGAUGCAGAAUGCAAGACACUCACUGUGGGGAAACCGUUCGCGAUUGAAGGUUAUGGCAUCGGCCUGCGCCAGAACUCUCCCCUGUCGUCUAACAUCUCAGAGCUGGUGAGCCAGUACAAGUCAGACGGCUUCAUGGAUAUGCUGCAUGACAAGUGGUAUAAGGUGGUGCCCUGUGGAAAACGGAGCUUCGCCGUCACUGAGACCUUACAAAUGGGCAUCAAGCAUUUCUCAGGCCUGUUUUUGAUGCUGUGUGUCGGGUUGGUUCUGUCUCUGCUCACCACCCUGGCUGAACACAUAAUCCACCGCUUUGUCAUACCCAGAGUCAAGGACCCCAAGUUCAAGUACUGGCUGCAUACUAGUCAGAGAUUACACCGAGCUAUGAACAUAUCUUUCAACGACGGUAAACUGCAGACUGUGGCCAAGAAGGAAAAAAGGUGCAACAUGGGUAACCACCACCAACAACAACAGGAGCAGCCAUGCGUACCAUGGAACAGCUCAGAGUCCAACUGCAACUGCAACAGAAGGAAGCUGUCUCCUCAGGAGUCCCACCUGGAGUACCCCCACUGUGACUGCCCUCUUCUUCCUCCUCCUCGGGUGAAGAGCCCCCUACAGGCCACCUCUAACGGGAGGACAGACCUGGUCCAGGUGGGUCUAAAAACCAGGACCAACCCCAUGCUGCAGGAGCUGUCAGAGCUGGAGACACACAUUACCAUCAUCAAACAGCAGCUGCACAUCGCCAUGAAGAAGAAGAGGGAGCUGGAGCAGUACCAGCAGACACAUAACAUGACAGAGUAGAGGAUUGGUACAAGCAGACACAUAACAUGACAGAGUAAUUACGCUAUAGAAAAGGUACCAAGUCAAUAGCGCAAGUGAAGACAUUACAAGCUGGUGAGUGAGGCUGUGAAACUAACUCUGUUACAACUGGUACCAGCAGACACAAGAUAUCUGAAUAGAGGCUGGAGCUACCAGCAGAUACACAACACCCCUAAUUAGAGGCUGGAGCUACCAGCAGACACACAACACCCCCAAAUAGAGGCUGGAGCUACCAGCAGAUACACAACACCCCUAAUUAGAGGCUGGAGCUACCAGCAGACACACAACACCCCUAAGUAGAGACUGGAGCUACCAGCAGAUACACAACACCCCUAAUUAGAGGCUGGAGCUACCAGCAGACACACAACACCCCUAAAUAGAGGCUGGAGUUACCAGCAGACACACAACACCCCUAAAUAGAGGCUGGAGUUACCAGCAGACACACAACACCCCUAAAUAGAGGCUGGAGUUACCAGCAGACACACAACACCCCUAAGUAGAGGCUGGAGUUACCAGCAGACACACAACACCCCUAAGUAGAGGCUGGAGUUACCAGCAGACACAUAACACCCGUAAGUAGAGUCUGGAGUAGAGGACUGGACAUAAGACAAACAGGAACACUGAGUAGAGGCUGGAGCCAUACCGGAGUAGAGGACUAGACAUAAGACCAGAUCCCUGCCCUGGAUGGAACCUGAUCCCUGUCCUGGAUGGAACCUGAUCCCUGUCUGGGAUGGAACCUGAUCCCUGUCCUGGAUGGAACCUGAUCCCUGUCCUGGAUGGAACCUGAUCCCUGUCUGGGAUGGAACCUGAUCCCUGCCCUGGAUGGAACCUGAUCCCUGUCCUGGAUGGAACCUGAUCCCUGUCUGGGAUGGAACCUGAUCCCUGUCUGGGAUGGAACCUGAUCCCUGUCCUGGAUGGAACCUGAUCCCUGUCCUGGAUGGAACCUGAUCCCUGUCUGGGAUGGAACCUGAUCCCUGUCCUGGAUGGAACCUGAUCCCUGUCUGGGAUGGAACCUGAUCCCUGUCCUGGAUGGUUUGACUGAGUUACGGUUCAAAUAGAGAAAUUAGUCCAUUUAAAUCAAUUCAUUAGGUUCUAAUCUGUAGAUUCCACAUGACUGGGAAUACAGAUAUGCAUCUGUUGGUCACAGAUACCUUAACAAAA